AUGGCCGCACCACCGCAGCUCGUCGUCGCCAGCCCGACCAAGGAAGAAGCUAUCGCCGGCGUCAUCUCUCACAACGGCAUCCUGCCCGGCCGGUUAGGCGAGCUGUACCAUGCCUUCCAGGAGCGGAGAGAGGCAUUGGGGCUGUCCAACCCGGGCACCGUCGAGGGCAUUUCGCGCGAGGUGCAGCGCGAUGUGUUCCUGAACAACGCCAGCUUCUCGGGCCUGCGCGCCGAGCUCACCAAGGCCUUCAGCGCCGCCCCGCUGUUCCAGGUCGCCCACUCGCUGUCCAUGGGCUCGCAGAUCCAGCCGCCCUACUCGUACAUGGUCCUCUACGGAUCGCCGAGGACAUUCAUGCAGGGCAACCUCGACAACGAGAUGCAGUUCUCCGGACGCUUCAACUGGCGCUGGACCUCGGCCUUUGUGUCCAAGACGGCCGUGCAGCUCACAUCGCAGGGCAACAUGGUCUCGCUCGAGAACGACUACACCGGCAGCGACUUCUCUGCCUCGCUCAAGGCCGUCAACCCCUCGGUCCUCGACGGUGGCAUCACCGGCAUGAUCAUGGCCAGCUACCUCCAGGCCGUCACACCAAAGCUGUCGCUCGGCAUUGAUGCCUUCUGGAGCCGCCCGGCUGCCGCCUACCCCCCCGAGCUCAAUGUCUCGUACGCUGCACGCUACAAGGCCGCCGACUGGAUGGCUUGCGGACAGAUCAUUCCCGACCGCGGCGUGCUGGAGGCCUCCUACUGGCGCAGGCUGAGCGAGAAGGUCGAGACUGGCAUCAACUGCAACCUCGCCUUCGCUGGCAUCGGUCCUGGUGGCCCAAUGGCCGGUCCCCAGAAGGAGGGGCAGGUUACCAUCGGCGCCAAGUACGACUUCCGCACGACUUCGUUCAGGGCGCAGGUCGACAACAAGGGCAUUGUCGGCUGCUUGUUGGAGAAGAUGAUCGCACCGCCCAUCCGCAUCACCUUCUCUGGAGAGAUUGACCACAAGACAAGCGCCGCCAAGCUUGGUCUUGCCGUUGCGAUAGAAGCACCCGACGAGGCUGUUAUGGAGCAACAAGAAAUGCCUGGCGCAGCCCAGCAGGCCGGUGCCAUCCCCUUUUAA